UAUAGAAGGCUCGACUUGUAUUUUUGUUGUCGUCAACGUUAGACUUUCUUUGAUAAAAAUAUUUUAUUUUACCCAAAAAUCUUUACAAACAUUUCUUUUCAAUUGCAUAUAAAAUAAGAUUUAAAAAGUUUACUUUAUUCGCUUCAUUACGAACGCUUAAGUUUCUAUUGUGUCUUUGGGAUUUUGAUUUAUCGUUGCUCCUCCGUUGUUGUUGGUUGUGCUGCAGGUCGAAAGUCCAACUUUUAGUAUAAAUUUAACAAAUUUGAUGAAAUAAAUUCAUCGAUAUCGACCUUCUCAAUUUUAGUUGAAUUUAUUUAGCUAAAUCAAAUGGCUGGGAUCUUAAAAUUCGCCAGAGUCAACAAGCUCAUAGCUUCAAAUGCAAUACGAACAUUUUCCGAUGCAGUUAAAUAUCCGAAAAUCACCACCCACUACACCGUUAUCCCAAGAGAAAAGGAUGAGCGAUGGAAGGAAAUCGAUAUGGAACGUUGUGUGGAUGAAGUGGACAUAGUUAUUGUUGGUGGUGGUCCAGCUGGUAUGUCCGCAGCUAUCAGAGCUAAACAAUUGGCAGCUGAACAAGAAAAGGAAAUUCGAGUUUGUGUUGUAGAAAAAUCUGCCGAAGUUGGUGGUCACAUUCUUUCUGGGGCUGUCGUUGAUCCAAUUUCUAUCAAUGAACUCUUCCCUGACUGGAAAGAGAUGGGAGCCCCACUGAAUACUCCAGUCACGAAAGACACAUUCGCCUUGCUCACCGAAACAGGACGAAUUGCGAUGCCAAUCUUCAAGGGCUGGCCAAUGGACAAUCAUGGCAACUAUGUUGUUCGUCUGGGACAUCUUGUGAAAUGGCUUGGUGAACAAGCUGAAGCUCUGGGUGUGGAAAUAUACCCGGGAUGUGCAGCUUCUGAGAUUUUGUAUCACGAAGACGGCAGUGUUAAGGGUAUUGCCACAAACGAUGUGGGUAUCGCUAAGGAUGGUUCUCCCAAGGAUACCUUCGCCAGGGGAAUGGAGCUCCAUGCAAAGACAACAUUCUUCGCUGAGGGAUGUCGAGGUCACUUAACGAAGCAAGUUAUGCAACAAUUUGGCUUAAAUGAAGGAAGCGAAGCACAAACCUACGGAAUCGGUUUGAAGGAAGUUUGGGAAAUUCAGCCUGAGAAACAUGUUCCCGGUUUAGUGGAACAUACUAUUGGCUGGCCAUUGGACAAAUUUACCUACGGAGGAUCGUUCCUUUAUCAUUUAAACGAAUCGAGUCCCAUGGUAGCUGUUGGCUUCGUUGUAGGACUUGAUUACUCAAAUCCAUGGAUAAGUCCCUUCCAAGAGUUUCAGAGAUUCAAAACACACCCCAAAGUAAGGGAUGUGUUCGAGGGUGCUACUAGAAUAGCCUAUGGAGCACGUGCCAUCAACGAGGGAGGUCUGCAGUGUCUACCCAAAAAACUGACAUUCCCAGGAGGAUGUCUCAUUGGAUGCAGUGCUGGUUUCUUAAAUGUUCCUAGAAUUAAAGGCAGUCAUUAUGCGAUGAAGAGUGGAAUGCUGGCUGCUGAGAGUGCUUUAGAGAGUAUACUGAGCGAUGCUGGACAAGAAACUGCCGGAAUCGAACCAAAAUCAUAUCCAGACAAAAUUAAAGAUUCAUUCAUUUGGAAAGACCUUCACAAAGUCCGAAACGUCCGACCCAGCUUCCACAAUCCCCUUGGUUUGUAUGGCGGCCUUGUCCUCAGUGGAUUCUCCAUAUUCAUGGGUGGCCGAGAGCCAUGGACCCUCUCACACGGUGCUCCUGAUAAUACAAGACUGAAACCCGCCAGCGAAUCUCCUCAAAUAGUCUACCCCAAGCCAGACAACAAGAUCACAUUCGACCUUCUAUCCUCCGUGGCUCUGACUGGAACCAAUCAUGAAGGUGAUCAACCUGCACAUUUAACCCUGAAAGAUGAUCGAAUUCCAGUCGAUCAUAAUUUGGCAAUCUACGAAGGGCCCGAGUCGAGAUUCUGUCCGGCCGGUGUCUAUGAAUAUGUGCCGAAUGACGAAGGUGGCAACAUGAAGCUUCAGAUAAAUGCCCAAAAUUGUAUUCACUGCAAGACCUGCGACAUCAAAGAUCCUAAACAAAAUAUUAACUGGGUUGUACCUGAAGGUGGUGGCGGUCCAGCUUACAAUGGAAUGUAAAAAAGAAAUAGACAAUUAUUUUUAUUUUAAUCCCAAAACAUUAUGAUAGCAUUUUUCUUGUGCGUUUC